GUCUUUGUAAGUCUCCCUUUGGUAGUCUUCAUAUUAAAAAGCCCAAAGGGAGUUGAAGUAAGGAGGUUCCUUUUUUGUUUUCUCAUCUCUUUUACUUCUACACAAAUGUAGUUAAGUGCAAAAGAAGCUUAUGUGUUCAGUGCUUUGUUUCUUGUAAUUAGCUAUUGCCUGCUUCCUUUUGUAUUUUGUAUGUCAUGAUCUUUCUAUACUGAGAAAAACAACACUUCUCUUAGAUUUCGUAAUUAAUCCCAUCCCUUCCUCAAGUUGCAAUGACUGUUUGAAAACUGAAAGUUGAAACAAUUGGCCUUUAGCUCUUUUUCAUUAAUCUUAAAACCAAAAAUAUGAAAAAUGGUGCUGCCCAGGAUCGAACUGGAGACCUUUUGCGUGUAAGGCAAACGUGAUAACCACUACACCACAGCACCUUAUGAUUAUCAUCUGAUUUUAGUAAGAAAAUAGCAAAUAUCUGGUUUUCUUUCACUAUAUUUUAAAUUCUUAAAUAAACUAAUUUACUUUAUAUAGGUCAGGUAUUUUUUUCUUGGGCACAAAUUGAUAAAUAUCUUAACUUGUUACAUAUCUCAAUCAAAACUAGUGAAUUUUGUUUGAUUAAAAACUUUAUUAUGGAAAUGAAUCGAAUAAAAUAUUAGCAUUUGACCAUAGCAGCUGUGAACCAUUAAAUAAGUUAAAGUGGAAAAACUAUACUAAAUAAAGAAAAUUAUGUAGGUUAGCUGUUAUUUUCUUGGGCACAAAUUGGGAAAUAUCUGAAUUUUGAAAAAAAAAAAGUUCUUCAAUAAUAUGAUGAAAGACUAAUAAAUAUCCCGGGGAGAGGGAAAAGACGACAAGGACGUAAAAUACGAAAAUGACAAAAAGAGUAGAUUCGCUGUCAACGCAUGCGACAGCGUUUUAAGGAACAUUUAUUCUGAGCCCAGUUUAUUCUCAUUUAUAAAUUGACGGAACUAUCCAUCGUUCCGACAGUUAUUCGCGAUAUCAUUACCUGAACCGGAGGGAUCCCAACCAUCACGCCAGACAUCGACCCUUUUUUUUUUGUCCGAAUGCGCCGCUUCUCUCUCUCUCGAGACAAAGAUCGAACCUUUUUCUUUUCUUUUCUUUUUUUCUUUUAAAAAGUUUCAAUCUUGAAUAUAUCGCAAGAAAAACCAAGAACAGAAUCGUAAUAAUUAUAUUCGAGAAGACACCGAAGCGCAGGAGGAUCAAGAAUCGUCUCUGCUGGUCGAGAGAGAGAGAGAGAAUACGAUGCCGGAAACAUCGCCGGCUAAUCUUGACAGGGCUGCUUCGUCUUCCUCUUCAUCUUCUUCAAGCUCCGAACGUGCUUCCGUGAAAAUCGAGGAGAUUGAAGGUGGUGGCGUCAUCAAUGGCUCUCAAGAAGCGGAGAGCCAACCGGAAACGACUGCAGCCUCCAUUGUCGAAAACGCUUUGGAUGAAUCUUCAGGUGGUGGCAAUAAAAGCUUUUCUCGACAAUGGUCAGUGCCGAUGGACAGAUCUACAAGCAAUGAUAGAGCUGAAUCAUCAUCAUUACCAUCCUCAAAGCCUAGGUUACACAAGUCAAAGACCGAGAGGCACCGCAAAGUCACUCACAUUCUUGCCGAGGACGCCGCUAAGAUAUUCGACGACAGAAUCUCUGCAGGGAAGAAGCUAAAGCUGCUGAACCGUAUAGCUAAUGUGAAACCUGAUGGCACAGUCGUGUUCGAAGUUCCAGCUGAUUCCAUCCCACAAUCUAUUCCUUUAGACCGUGAAGAAGAUUCCAAAAACGGUGAUGAGCCUAUCGAUGGAGUAGACUUUCAGUACGUUCCUCCUAUGCAGAUUGUGAUGCUAAUCGUCGGUACGCGAGGAGACGUUCAGCCUUUUGUUGCAAUAGCCAAACGCCUUCAGGACUAUGGACAUAGAGUUAGACUUGCAACCCACGCAAACUUCAAAGAGUUUGUUUUGACUGCUGGAUUGGAGUUUUAUCCUUUAGGUGGAGAUCCAAAAGUGCUAGCUGAGUAUAUGGUUAAGAACAAGGGGUUUUUACCGUCAGGCCCUUCAGAGAUUCCUAUCCAACGGAAUCAAAUGAAGGACAUCAUAUACUCACUACUUCCAGCAUGUAAAGAACCUGAUCCAGACUCUGGGAUUGCCUUUAAAGCUGAUGCUAUUAUAGCCAAUCCUCCAGCUUAUGGACAUACACAUGUGGCAGAAGCUCUGAAGAUACCUAUUCAUGUAUUUUUCACCAUGCCUUGGACGCCAACCAGUGAGUUUCCACACCCUUUGUCACGUGUGAAACAACCAGCAGGAUACAGACUCUCGUAUCAAAUCGUCGAUUCAUUGAUCUGGCUUGGGAUAAGAGACAUGGUGAAUGACCUUAGGAAAAAGAAGCUGAAGCUAAGACCUGUUACAUAUCUAAGUGGAACACAAAGCUCUGGCUCUAACGUUCCUCAUGGAUACAUGUGGAGUCCUCAUCUAGUCCCAAAGCCUAAAGACUGGGGUCCACAGAUCGAUGUAGUGGGGUUUUGCUUCCUUGAUCUUGCAUCAAACUAUGAACCUCCUGCAGAGCUUGUGGAGUGGCUAGAAGCUGGUGAUAAACCUAUCUACAUCGGCUUUGGUAGUCUCCCUGUCCAAGAACCAGAGGUGAUGACUGAAGUCAUUGUGGAAGCACUUCAAAGAACCAAACAGAGAGGAAUCAUUAACAAAGGCUGGGGUGGCCUUGGAAACUUGAAAGAACCCAAGGACUUUGUCUACUUGUUGGAUAAUGUCCCACAUGACUGGUUAUUCCCUAGAUGCAAGGCAGUGGUUCAUCAUGGUGGUGCUGGAACAACGGCUGCAGGUCUUAAAGCAGCGUGCCCAACUACAAUAGUGCCUUUCUUUGGGGACCAACCUUUUUGGGGAGAACGAGUGCAUGAUAGAGGAGUGGGUCCUCCACCAAUCCCAGUGGACGAAUUCUCACUUCAUAAGCUUGAAGAUGCCAUAAAUUUCAUGCUCGACGAUAAGGUGAAGAGCAGUGCAGAGACUCUAGCAAAGGCGAUGAAGGACGAGGAUGGUGUGGCUGGAGCUGUGAAGGCCUUCUUCAAACAUCUUCCGAGUACAAAACAGGAUCUUCAGGAAUCGAUCCCUGAGCCAUCUGGAUUUCUCUCUUUGAGACAAUGCUUUGGCUGUUCUUAACUUUCUACCCACCUCCUCCAGAAUCUCCUAUUUUCUCCUGUGCAUUGUUACCUCUUCUUGUUAUGUCUGUUUUCACUUCUUGUUCCACUGGUUUUGCUUUUACAAUUCACUUAGAAAAUGUUUUAAUAUUUGUGAAGUACUUUGGAGUGUGAUGUAUAGGUGAUGCAUAUAAGUUUUGAUUUGUUAUAAGCAGCAAAAUAAAAUGAUGACAAAGUUCUUAAGUUUUGUGGGUUUUGAUUUUUAAUAUAAUACAGUAUAGUUUUUGGUAAACAAUGGUUUACUAUACUAUAAUAAACUACAAGAAAAAAUACAAGACGAUUUAUAUAUGUGACAAUUAUAUAUAUUUUAUGAAAAUUUAUGUCACCGUCCUAAAAAAAUUGUAAAUACUUUUUCCAUUAAUCUGCAUAAUCCAUAUUUAUAGGAUUCAAAAGUGUUUGUAUAUGUUCAUAAAUUUCGAGUUCUUUAUUUCAGACUUGUAUAAUGGCGACAAGAAAAUGUUUCAUCUACACAAGUUUGAAUGCAUGAGAAGAAGGAACAUAUUCAAUCAUAUAUUUUUAUUAAUAAUUUGUUUAUUUUCUCAUUACAUUUUAUGAUUCAAUAUUUAAAAAAUUGGUCUUUUAUGAUCAGGAGGUAUAACAGGUUCAGACAAUAUCGAUGGAUCAUAUCUCUUAUGAUCGGGAGGUAUAACAGGUUCAGACAAUAUCGAUGGCGCAUAUCUUUUAUGAUCGGGAGGUAUAACAGGUUCAGACAAUAUCGAUGGCGCAAACCUUUUAUGAUCGGGAGGUGUAACAGGUUCAGACAAUAUCGAUGGCGCAAACCUUUUAUGAUCGGGAGGUAUAACAGGUUCAGAUAAUAUCGAUGGCGCAAACCUUUUAUGAUCGGGAGGUAUAACAUGUUCAGACAAUAUCAAUGGCACAUAUCUUUUAUGAUCAGGAGGUAUAACAGGUUCAGACAAUAUCUAUGGAGCAAACCUUUUAUGAUCGGGAGGUAUAACAGGUUCAGAUAAUAUCGAUGGAGCAUAUCUCUUAUGAUCGGGAGGUAUAACAGGUUCAAACAAUAUCGAUGGCGCAAACCUUUUAUGAUCGGGAGGUAUAACAGGUUCAGACAAUAUCGAUGGUGCAUAUCUUUUAUGAUCGGGAGGUAUAACAGGUUCAGACAAUAUCGAUGGCGCAUAUCUCUUAUGAUCGGGAGGUAUAACAAGUUCAGAAAAUAUUGAUGGCGUAGAACUUUUAUCGCAACAACAUUUCGCAACACUGAGACCUUCAUUUACAUAUAUCCCUCUAUUAAAACCUUUCUCUUGACACAUUACAUCGCACUUGUCAGGACGCAAUACUUCAUUAAGACAUAUCAUGUUGUUAAGGACACUCACUGCACUUGCUUGUCCUGUAAUAACUCAAAUAAAAACUUUAAUCGCACAACGAAAAUUGUCAUCACAAAAUCAUUCUUUAUGUAUGGAUUUUUGUAAAACUAAUGAUUCACCUAAAAUGAAAAGCAAGAGAAUAGUUGACAUCAUCACGAAAGAUUUUUCACAAACGUAUGAAGAUCUUAGGGUCUUCAUUUCCCUUGUAUAACAAUUUUUUGUUGUUGUUGAAUUCUUCUUCUCUAUGUAUGUAAAUAUUUUGCUUGUUUGUUUGUUUGUAUAUUUGAUUUUAGUGGUGUGCAUGGUUCUUAUUAUAUAGGAUGAAUUAUAUUUGGUAUAAUGGUAAAAUAGCUAUGUAAUUACACAUAAGUGAAUUAUUUUAAUAUUUGUUUGAAUUUAUUUAUGUAACUUAAUUAUUUAAAUAAAUUAAAUUUUAAAUUAAAUGAAUAUUUUGAUAUUAUUUUCUUAUUAAGUAUAUGAGAAUAGAUAUGUUUGAGUUGUAUAAUGUAAUUUUUAUACUUGUAAAUUAUUAUAAUUCAGUUUAAAGAAGUUGUCUAAAAAUGCUCUCUUCUCAUGCUUUCACAUCAUUAAAGAAGUUAUCUAAGAAUUUGACACCUAAACAUAAAUUUUAGAAUUAUUAAUUAAUCUAUUUAUAAUUUAAAUCAAAUCUUUUAACAACAUAUCUAAUAACCCAUAAAUCAUUUCUAAAGAAUAGUUUAUAUUCAGUCGACCAAAAUUUUAAUAUUAAUCUUUCUGAAGGUAAAUAAUAAUCUAAUAAAUGUUGACAAAAAAUAAUAUAAGAAAUAAAUAAUAUAAUUUUAAGAAAAAAGAAAAACAAUUCAUUUACGAUUUUUUCAUGAUUCAUCAAAUCUACCUUAACAAAAUAAAAAGAGUGAAUCACGCAAAUUCUUUUUUUUUUCACUGAGCUCAAGACUAAAAAAUAGAACGAAAAUUAGUUAAAAACACAACCACAGAUAAAUAUACAAUCAAAACAUAUAAAAGAACAUCAGAAAACAGAUAUAAUAAUAUAUAAUAAAUUAGUAAGUAAAUAUAUAGUAGACAUAUAAUUUAGUGUUGGUGAAAAUUUAGUCAACAAUUGAUAAUUUAGUAAAAAUACAUAAUAUUAUAAUCUAGUACAUAAAUUUUAAUAAUACAAGGAAAUACAAAAUGAAAUACAGAAAAGAAUGAAAUCCUUUACAAUAUUUCCACGCUUCAUCAAAAUCCAAGACAAAAAUAAAUAAAUAAAGUAAAUCUGGCAUAUUUUUUUUUCUAUUUUAGUCACUGAACUCAUGUUUUGCGAAUUUGAUAAGAAACAGUAACAAACCCCACAACCAUUAAACUCAAGAUAAUGAAAAUUAAUAAGAAAUUAUUGAAAAAUCACAACCAAAAAUUAAUACAUAAUUAAAAUUCAAAAUUCAAAAAAAAAAAGA